AUGAGGCUGGCGAGCGCCAUCGCUUCGUCGAGCCUACUCGCCGCAACUUGGGCCUUACCCACUGCGGAAAGGUCCAUAACGUACACUGCUGGUCCUGGUGGAAGCGGGACGAUGUUCUGGUUGUCGAGUAUCUCUCAAACCAUCCUCGGCGAAGACGCUACCGACUUCGACCACUUCCUUUACCCCUCUUCGGAUAUGGCAAUCGAAGCUAUGGACACCUACUCUGCCACUUUCGAUUAUGGCAGCGAAGAUGAGCUGGUGGUGGCCUUCCUCAACACGACCAUGGCCGGCACGAUGACGGCUGAGCAAGCCGCAGACACCGAUUCGAAGUGUCAAGAACUCAGCGGCAACAUGGCAUCCCUAGUGACCGCUUGUUCGAACAACUCGCUCCCGAUUAGCUACAAACGUUCGACGAUCGAAGAGCGCAGUCGCUGGAGAUGGAUCGAGUCGGGUGCCCACGUCACAAGCACCGUCGCAGUCAACGUUCUUUACAGCGCUCUCGGACAAGCUGUGUACGAGAACUUCCCAACCUCGCCACGGUCGUGGUGCAACAGCGCCAACGGAGAAAAUGCAUGCAUUUCGUGGUCGGAAGCUGAGAGCUUCCAACACUAUUUCGCGGAGCAACUGAUCUCGGACGCUCUGAGUGUCGUUGAUUUCACUCGUUGGAGCGCUCAGGCCAAUGGCGCCAUCUCUGGGGCAGACGCUUGUAUCAGCAAUCGCGCAACGGGUUGCACCUGA